CGCGUGUUUGCGCUAUCGGUGAACGUGCGCGUUCCCGUGUUUAUUCACAGUAGAAAAUGGCGAGUCCGUGUACGAAGCGGCUGUGCACGACUGAGAGGUUCUUUAUUCGCCAGGACGCGGACUGCUGGAGGUCUGAAUUCAUUCACUGUGUGGGUCUUGACAACAUCUUGGAAGUGUUUCUUGGGACGCAGGUUGUGGAGGACCUCAGGCUUUUAAAAGAUUGUAAGCCUGCAAGUGUGUCAAAUUGGUCAUUUGCUGAAAAUUGUCUUUUCUGCUGCUUAAGACGAGAAAAAGUGAAGGAACAUGUAGUUGCACUCAACAAACAAAUUGUGGAAAGUGGAGGAAAACCUUUAUUAGGUAAAGAUCCUUCUAAUAUUACCAGACUGGAAUGGCAGUCAGAAGAAUUCCUGAAUGCAGUGUUACACAGGAAAAAAUACACACCAAGAAUUCCAGAUCCGCACAUCCCUGUGGUGGCCUGUGAUAUCGUUCAGCAGAUGAUUAAUGAGUUGGUUACGUAUUAUACCUCACAAAACAAACGCUGCUCUCAGGACUCCCUGCAAAACAAUGGAAAAAAGGACCAAAGCUUUCUGAAAACUAGCUGUGUCACUUCAACCACUGCUGUCAAUAUAGCUUCUGCUCAAAACAAGUUCAUCAUGGUGGACCAAGAUGCCCCGCUGGACCUCUCUGUGAGAAAGGUCAAAGUAGAGGACGUUGAGCAAGAUGGAGUUCUUGACCUCUCGACGAAGAAGAAUUUCAGCAAAAGCCAUGCGUCUUUAAGGAAUUCUAAUGUUCAUGCCAGCCCGGCUACACAUUUGGUCAAAAGGGACUCUGCCAACCUGAGUCUUGCCCAAGAAGGAGAUCUACAGUCGGUGUCCACUUUGGAACAGUUCAUGUCUAAGCUUUGUUUGCAUCACCAGCGCCAAAUAGUUGAUGCAUUAGGCUUCUUACAAAGCGAAGUCAAGACUGUGGCUGCUUCCAACCAUUUCCAAGCAGCCACUCCAAAUUUGACUGAGAAGCAAGUGAAAACCAGCUGCAUUAAUGUAUCGUUUGAAACGAGGCCUGAAAUGACAUGUUCUGUGGAUGCUCCUGUGAGCAUUACUAAGUCUCAAGAGUCGUCUGCUAUCAGGACUAGUCAAAAGCCUACUGGAGAGGUUUUAAAUGCAGAUGUUUCCAGUGGUGCAUGUGUAACAACUGAAAAACCAGUAGACCUUUGCAAGAUGGAAGUUUUGUCGUCUUCAUCUUGUGGAACAGGUGAUGAGUGUGGAGAUGAAAGUUCUCCAAACAAAUUUGUCGUCAUGACAAAGACAACUACUGAUCAUCAGGAAGCCAAAAAAUCAUUAGGGUCAAGCAUUCAGCAAAUUCAACGUAGCGAUUCUGUGAAGUGUCUAUCCAGUGCCGAGCGAUGUUUGCCGACAUGUGCUGCAGAGUCUGAUCAUGCAGACCUGUUAUCAAAAUGCACACAGAAGAGCUCUUUUGCACAAAGUGAAGAUGCUGUUGUAAAGCCCUACACAAUUCAAAAGACAUCAAAUGUAGUUUUACCAAUAUGUCCAAGAACAGCCAGGAAAAGCAGAAAAGGUUCUUGCCUUAGGCAAAGUAAUGGCUCUUUAAGUUGUAUCAUAAAUGAUACCGAUAGCCAUUGUGACUUGGUGUAUAUUAGGAAAUCAAUAACAGAAUGUCAGCUUCAGUCUCGUAAUCGAUUGCAUCCGCGACAAAAUGCUCGGAAGAGCACAAGAGGGCACAAGUACGUCGAGGAGUACUUGGAGCUAAAAACUGUCCGUACCCUAGCUCGUAAAUCUAUAGUUGAUUCCACUGGGAAUUGUCCAGCUCAUAUACCAGACAUGCACAUCUCAGUCGCUCCGAAGCAGGCCCUUUCUAAUUCUGGCAGUGUUCCUCUCGUAAAUGCACCUUUUGCAGGGGACUGCAUGAUAAAUGUUAUUCAGAAAUUCUCAUCGGAGCAGAUAGCGGAGAAUGAAAUGCCAGGAGAUGUCGUGAAAGUAACUGGUCUCGGUCUGGUGGUUGAAACCAGUCAGACGGGAAAAGUUGAAAGUAAUGAGCAAAUUUCCCAUGAACCAUCUUGUAAACGGAGUGAAUUAACCAUGCAACCAGAUUUGAUUACAGAAGCUAUCAUUGCUCCUAAUGCAUUAGUGCAAGAAGAAGACCCGGACAUGGUAGAAAUCAAAGAAACGACUGAAACAGAACUCGCUGUACAGAAAGAAGGAUGUGAGUCCCAAAUUGGACCCAUGCCAGAAGAGGAGGUGGUAUGUGGUACAGAAAGUAAGGCUGAGUGUGAGGAUAAAUCUUUGGAACCAUCACCGAUCCCUGUAUCCCCCAACAUGGCCAAAGAGUCAUCUGAUGGAGUCGACAUGGAACCAAGAAAUGAGCAAGAAAUGUCAAAUCCCACAGAUGUCGAGACUGCAGCAGAUGUCCAGAAACAAUCUGAGACAUCAGAAAUAAAGGAAAACACUGACGAGGAUAGAAGUUCUCAAGAGCAAGUUUUGCAUGACACUGAAAGUAAUCCCCAAACAGCGGAUCAAGGGGAUUCAGCGGUGUCCAGCCUGACUGAAGUCUCUACUGUACAACCACUUGUAAAAUGUAAGGAGAAUGAUAAGGAUCCGCAUACCCCAAAAGUCCUGAAUGCAAAACAUGCAGUGUCCUCAGACAGACGUUUGCGUAGUAGAGGUUCAAAAGGCAACGUUGACGUUAUGAAAGACUCUGUGAAGUGUGCUGCAUCUGAACUUGAGCAUGCCAAUGAUGAAAGCCCAAAGACUCAGUCUACUGAAACAAAUGUGCAUUUUGAGGAAGAGCAUGAUACGAAAGCUCUAGGCAUUCUUGAAUCCCCCCAGGAGGUCCCAGCUGCCAAACCUUGUAAUAGUCUGGUUGUGGAUCAUGCAGUCAAAACAAGACAAAAAUCAAAAAACGCAACCACUUUUGAAAGGGAUGAGUAUCCGAGUCCAAGCGUCAAAACGAAUGAUGAGUUGCCAAGUGUUUUGUCACCUGAGGUUCUUCCAGAAACUGUAAGCACCACCUCCACCACCACCACAGAGAGUGGAAAACGCCACAAACCGAACAAUCAAGCCUCUGAAAGCUCUGAAAAUAUGCCACUUAAAAAUGAAACUAGUCCUAUUGAACUGUCAGAUAGCACAGACUGUUCACCCAUCAAAAAAUCUCCACCAAGCUCUGAAAAUAUGCUUUUGAGAAGCAGAAGUAACACUGAAAGGCCUUUUAGUAGCAAACCGAGCAAUCCAACAGAAGGCCAUUCAGAAAAGCAAGGGCAGAUGUCUUUAAGAAAGAACAGCCCUGCUACUGAGCAGGCAACUAAUAAAGAUUUGUGUACGUCUUCCGAGGGAGUAACGCGUAUGCCUCUACGAAGCAGGACUAUUAGCACAACUAAACAGACUGUUACUAGAGAUUCUCCUGUUAAAAGUACCAUUAAGAGUUGCAUCAGUGAACAAUCUAUCAGUUCACAGUCUAGUAGUACCUGUAGAAAAACAGAGACCAGUGCGCACAUGCCCUUAAGAAGCAGUGCCAGUUUAAUUGCAGAACCUCCCCAUCACAACAAAUCUGCCGUUGUAGAUGGAUUAGAGAGCCCAGGGCGUAUGUCGUUGAGAAGAGGAAAUGUAUCUAAUACUGAAAAGUUGUUUGGCUCAACAACGUCCCCUAGUAAAAAUAAACGUCCUUCGAGACAACGAGAGGUUUCAGCAUCCUCAAGUGGGGAAGCAGAAGAGAGCCCAUUGAGUUCAAAACUUAAAAUCCAAAACCAGAAGCAUAUGGAGGCCCAAAUAAGAGGCUCUUUGAAUCUGCCAGAUGAAUCCUUACGCAUAGCUGGUUUUCAGAGGACUGAACCAGUUGUUUGUAGUCCCCCCAAAUUUUUGGAGGCACUAAGGGGAGAAGAACACCAGCAGGUAAUUUCAAACUUAAAUGCAAAAUUUGAUAAAAUGCACAAAGGUUGGGUACAAAUGGACAAGGAGGGUCAGCCUGCACCGAAACCCAAAAACAAGGCAGAUAGACUUAAAGAAAUCUGGAAAAGCAAACGCAGAGUACGAAAGUCAAGACCGUUAGAACAACAGAGGUUUUCCCCUGUGCAAAUGCUUUUCAUGAAGCCCUUUGACUUGCCCAGUAUCUGCAGGUGGUUCCUGCAGUCAACCGAAACAAAAUCUCUUGUAAUUGUUAAGAAGGUGAACACCAGACUUCCUUCGGAAACACAGUUGUGUUUUCACUCUUCAGCGGCAGGAGCAGGGUCCUCUCAUGGCAUAUUUCCUAGCCUCCAGGCCGAACGGUUGAAGAAGCAUCUGAAAAAGUUUGCUAUUGCAUCACCAGUGAAGAAUAACCCCAAGAAUCAAAGACUACUUUCUAAAGCUUUAGGUCAGGGUAUUUCUGCGAUGAGGAGUAAAGAGAAGCAUGAACCGACAACUGCCACGCGGAUCUCUACAAAGGCGCAGAGUCUUGCUGGAGUGACACCGGCACAGGCUCCUGAGGGCCUCGGUGCGAUCGCAGGCAGUGCGAAAAAUCCAGCAAGUGCUCGAAUUCUUAGGAAGUAUUCUAACAUGCGUGAGAAACUUCAGGUUCAGCAAAACAAGAAAUGCAAAGAGAAAACAUUUAAAGGUGCUCGUUUGAAGGCAGCAUUAAUUCCAAAGAAAGCCAACAAACAGAAAUUACAGACACGAAAAGGACCGAAGUCUGUGGUUGUCCAAAGGAUCUCCUCGCUCUCCAAAAAGGCAAAGGCAAAAGCAAACUCUGCCCUCAAAGAACGGGCUUUGAAAAAGAACCCAUGUCACAAAGACUGUGCCUCUCCAAAGAGGUUGCAGGCACUCAAAAAAGUGACGAAAGGUGAACAUGUCUCGACUAACACCUCGAGUAAAAAACAGAUACUGCUCAAAACCGGGACUGACAAGGCACAGCAAAUGAAAACAAGUGGGACUAAAGUUGACGUAAAGAAAUCGGGGCUCCAAAAAGGCCCUAAUAAUUUAGAACCACAAUCUUUAGAUAUGGACAUUAAGCCUCUGGCAUUGGAGGACCAAGUGUUAACUAGGUCUCAAAGAAAGAUGGAAGUCACCUCUUCACAGGCCGGCUCUCCUAAAUCCUCCACAAAGCGAGGCUUGGAACCACUGGUCACUCCAACAAAACGUACAAGGACCUCAAAACCAUGAGAUAUGUGUACAGGUACUAGAACUCGUGUAGAAAUGUUUCACAAGAACAAGGGGUGCUGAUGCUUUUCAGAAUGUUCCUUUCUUGGAAGGAUAAAUUUAUUUUUGAAGCUAUUUUUGAAGCUUGGCAGUACAUUUUCAGAGUUUUAAAUAUAUUGUCAUCUGAGAGAGAUUGGUCUUUGAAACAAAGGAACUUGACAGCUCUACCUUAACAGUGUCAAAUUUUUUUCAAAUAUGCUUUAAGAAAUCUAUUUGUUUGUUACAGAAAAUUGAUAUUUUUUCCCUUGAUGGAGCCGUUAAUGUCAAAACAAGUCAAUAAAUAAAGGUUCCGAUUCCCUUUUAAUGGGGCAUUUUAAAUAUGGGUUAUUAACUCAAUAACUCUCAUGUUUGUUUGACCGUUACAUUGUAUAGCUUAUUAUUACAGCAACUUGUAAUAUUGAACCAGAUAUUAUUUAAGGAGUGAUCCACAAUUCUAAAACAAUUAAUAAUUUUAGUUAAUUAAAGUGGCUUUGUAACCUAAAUAAUGUGCCUUUUUUUCUUAUCUGUAUUUAUAAGUAAUUGAGUUUGCCUCAAGAAAUAAAGCCUCAUUCUUUUUGCACAUAGAUGAGAGACAUUUGUCCCAAAAUUCUUCAUAAGAUGAUCAUUAAUUAAUUUGACUUUGUUCUUGUAUUCUUAAUUACUAAUUUCCCUCUUCUCUUUUAGAGCACUGAAGUUUAAAAAUGUUGUAGUUAAUAUUUUCAUACAGUCUACCAGUGUUGUACUUCCUCAUUUUGUCAGUUUCUUUGAGAUGAUGAUUUAUGCAUAGAAACUUGUCUAUAUCACUUUUGUUUCUCAAGUAGAUUUUCUAUAGUGAAGAGUAUGAAUAUGAAUUAUGGUCUCAAAUGUUCUAAAACAGCUGUAUUUAUGAUGCUAAAAGGAAACUAUGCAAGAUUACAGGUUUUCUAAAACGUUUCUGCUCUAAUCCAGUUUAAUCACGAAAGCCUUUUUUUUUCAGCUUACUCUUACAUAAUUGCAUUGUUUUAAUAUUUUUAAACAUUACUUAAAGGUCAAAAAAGUACAUUUAAAAUGUAGUUUACAUAUACCAGUGUUGAAGACCUUAGCCCAUUUAUAUGGUUUUUGGUGUCAUGGGGGAAAAAAAGAUGAAAAUGUAAAUGAACCUGGUUUUGAGCUGUAUAUGCAUUUUGUCUUUUGUCAGUUUUUCAUGAAUUUUGUUCAGAUGUUUUUCUUUUCCCAAAAGUAAACAAGUGAUGAAGUAAAGAAUGUGCAGUGAAA